GUGUACAGGUGUAGUUUCUAUCCAGUUAUCAUUCAGACUUUGCUGUGUUACCAGUGUGUAGUCGUCCAGCCUUUACACAAGUUACACGUUGUAUCACCCGAAGAGGAUUGUGUUCAUUGUGGCUCUUUAAGUAGGAUGCAGACAAUUGGAAAACUUAUGAAGGUUUACAUAACGAGACGAAUCCCGCCGGAGGGGAUGAAGAUACUUUCAUCUGCUACUGGAGUAUGUGAGGUUUCAAUGUGGGACUCGGAUGAACCUGUGCCGAGGACAGAGCUUCUCCAAGGUGUGCAGGGCGCUCAUGGUCUGCUGUGUAUGCUGUCAGACCGGGUCGAUGCAGAGCUUCUGGAUGCUGCAGGACCAAACCUGAAAGUCAUCAGCACCAUGUCCGUGGGAUUUGACCACUUGGUUCUUGACGCAAUCAAAAAGCGUGGCAUACGUGUUGGAUACACUCCUGACGUCCUGACUGAUGCCACGGCAGAACUUACUGUAGCCCUGCUGCUGGCCACUGCUCGCAGAUUACCAGAGGGGGUGGAGGCCGUCAAAAAUGGUGACUGGACCUCGUGGAAGCCUCUCAUGCUGUGUGGUUAUGGUCUCUCCGGCAGCACUGUGGGGGUCAUUGGACUGGGACGCAUUGGCAUGGCCAUUGCUCGCAGACUCAUGCCAUUUGGAGUGAAGAGACUGCUGUACUCUGGGAGAACAACCAAGGCUGAUGCCGCUGAGGUUAGCGGAGAGUUUGUUCCCCUGGACACACUUGUGUCUGAGAGUGACUUCAUUGUUGUCUCCUGCUCUCUGACGCCAGAAACCCAGGGACUGUGUGACAAGGCCUUCUUCAGCAAGAUGAAAAACACAGCAGUCUUUAUCAACUCAAGCAGGGGAGCUGUAGUGAAUCAGGAGGACCUGUAUGAGGCUUUGAGCAGCGGACAAAUCGCUGCAGCCGGACUGGAUGUCACAACACCCGAGCCACUCCCAACAAACCACCCUCUUCUUACACUUAAUAACUGUGUGGUGUUACCACACAUCGGCAGUGCCACCUACUCCACGAGAGGCGUCAUGGCAGCUUUGUCAGCUCGAAACCUGCUGGAGGGUUUACAGGGAGGAGAGAUGCCCAGUGAACUCGCCUUCUAGCGCUCGGAACGGAGCCGCUGUGCCUGCAGUACUCAUAGAAACACUUUUCAGACAUAGUGUGAAGGGUUAACCCUGACUUCAUGUAAAAGUUUAACCUUUGACUUCUUAUUCUGCACUUUAUUCAAACGCUAAUGCUCCAUGUCUACUGGUAUGAAACAGUACUACACUCCAGUUUAUUGUAAAAUGGAAUGUUUUGAAAAAAUAUAAACUGAUGCCUCAGAUGGCCUCGUGCUCGUAGAUUUGGUAAAUUCAAUAAAUAUGACUGAAUAUUUUAAUAUGAAUAUUUUAGUUAGUCUUAUCAAUCUUGAUGCAGCUGACAAAACAAUUCUUGUGAGAAUCAUUUCACUGCAGUAACAUCCGUUUAGCUACAUUUGGUCUGUUUAGUUUUCAUGUAACACUGAGAACAAAACUCACAGCUUUGUAAAGAAGAUUAAAAAAAAAAAAACAUGUCAAGAUUAAAAUGACUGUCGAAGUGAAGUCAAAAACUGAUCAGUAAAGUGAUAAAUACAACUUG